ACUGAAGGUGGAGAAAGUAUCAUCCAUCUCCUCCACACCCACCUUCCCGUUUACUAAACAUCACACAUAGACAGAAUAGUGAGAGAAGAAAGAACUACAGAUUCCCAAUGACUUAUUCACUUCACUAAUCCAUCAACAUGUCACACCACAGCAGCAGUCAUACUGGAGUAUUAAUAAUACUGGAGAAUACUGGGAAUUUACACAAUAAAGGAAAGGUGAACAAGAGAUCGAAUAAGAGAGACUGAUACCAGGAGAACCAGAGUGGAAGAAGAGAGAGCAUGAUGGGAAAAACAGAAUGAACAGAUUGAGAGGAGAGAGUGAUGGCAGCUACGUGUUUGCUGAAACGCUGGGUUAAUUUCAUGGCUGUCUUUUGCCUUUCACAAUGACAAGCGAAAAUAUGAUGUUGAUUGUAAUAUUUCUGCUCUCAGUUCAGGAGUGUCAAUCAAUUGACCUUACUUACACUGUCAGAGAAGAAGAAAGUCCCGGCACUUAUAUUGGAGACGUUGCUGCUGAUUCCCAUUUCUUCGAUACUGUCCCAUCCAAGGAUGCACAUUUGAUAACAUUCAGUGAGGUGCAACGGAGAAAGACGCAGUUGUUUAAUGUGAGUGAAAAUGGAGGAUUAUACACAGCACACAAGCUGGAUGCUGAAUCCCUCUGUACUUUUAACAAAGAAUGUAGUAGAGUUUCUAAAGUUGCUAUUCGGAAAGGGAAAUCGUUUUUGAAGAUCCUUAAAGUGAAAAUAAUUAUUGAAGACAUUAACGACCAUCAGCCAAACUUCCCUAACUCUCAUGUUAGUAUCCAGUUUUCAGAACGAGAUAGCAAAGGGUCACAGCUGACUAUCCCCAAUGCUAUUGAUAAAGACAUUUUCUCCCAAAAUCACAUGAUCAACUAUCAUUUAAAAAAAAUUGAUGGUGAACCAUUUUCAUUGUCUGUUACUAAAAGAGUUGAUGGUAUAUCCUCCUUAAAGAUUAUUUUAGAAACAAAAUUAGAUCGAGAAGUAAAAGAUACAUAUAAUAUUGAAGUUGUAGCAAAGGAUGGUGGUUCCCCACCAAAGCAGAGCAGCUUAAAUGUAGAAAUUACAGUUAAAGAUGAAAAUGAUAACCAGCCAGUCUUCUCACAGAAUGUUUAUAAUAUAUCCAUAGAAAGUACACAUGAAUUAGACAGACCGGUGUUGAAGUUAUCUGCUAAUGACCUAGACAUUGGCAAUAACGGUAUUGUUUCUUAUGAUUUUAGUCCUAUGAACUCAAAUAAUAUGAAAACUAAAUUUCGGUUGAAUGAACGGACUGGGGAAAUUUUUUUGACUAAACAGUCUCAUGUUGAGGAAAAGAAUAAUUUUGAGUUGUACAUCGAAGCCAGAGAUGGAGGCAGCCCUCCUCUCAGUUCCAUAGCCACCAUUAUGAUAAAAGUUAUCAAUCAUCACAAUAACCCUCCAAAUAUUGAUAUAGACUUUGUCUCAGCUAUCAAUGACAACACAGCAACCAUUUUCGAAGACAUCAAAGUUGGUAGUUUCAUUGCUUAUGUGAUGGUCACUGACAAUGAUGUUGGACACAAUGGACAGGUGAACUGUCAUAUCAAAGAUGACACAUUCAAACUACAGUCAAUGGGAUCGAAGGAAUAUAAAAUAGUUCUAAAGAAAGCAGUAGACAGAGAGACACAGGAACAUUAUCACUUUACUGUGUCGUGUGAAGAUAAAGGAUUACCUGCUCUGAAAACUGAUAAAGAUCUGUCAAUCCAAGUGUUGGAUGUGAAUGAUGUAGAACCACACUUUACGAAAGACACAUUCAAGUUCCUUACCUAUGAGAAUGACAAAGCUAAUUUCCCUAUUGGCUUUAUCAAUGCUACAGACCCAGAUAUUGGUAAGGGAGGUGAAUUGUCUUAUUCUCUGAGAAAUAAACAGCAAUAUCGUCUGCCAUUCCAGAUUAUCAACUCUGGCUUUAUUUCAACAAACCAGUCUUUAGACAGAGAACACAGAGAUUUCUAUGAGUUUGAGGUUUUUGUGAAAGACAAUGGAAGCCCAUCUCUGAAUAACACAGUGAAUGUUGAAGUGGAAGUAUUGGAUAGAAAUGAUAAUGCUCCCUAUUUUACAUUUCCUAGUGUUGACCCUUUCACUCUUGAUGUCCACUAUCAUCCGCAAAGUAAGAACGACAUCACAGUUCUGAAAGCAUCUGAUAUAGACAGUCACAUGAAUGCUUUUCUCAGGUAUGAAAUCGUUUCAGGUAACGAGAGACAGUUAUUUAAACUGGACUCGUUCACUGGUGUGUUAUCUUACUCUCGCACAGUUUACCAAAAUGAUGCCGGAUCAUAUGAGCUUGAGUUUGUUGUGAAAGACAGUGGUACUCCAGUUCUCUCAGCAACAACUAGCAUCUCUUUGACACUGACUGUUAGCAACAAGACGUCACCAAUGUUCACAGCUGUGCACCUACCAAGUGAUAACACAAUAGAUGCGACAUUGUUGAUUAUCAUUGUAGUAGCAGCUGUGAUAGUAUCUAUAGCUAUUGUGGUUUCUAUAACCCUGUGUAUUAUUCGAGGUAAUGUGAGACACGGCUCAUCUAGAACAGAAAAUAAACAGGCAUACCAAUGUCAGAAUGAGAUGAGACAGUUGAUCUAUCAAGGUAACAACAGUGUCUCUGUGAUGUCAGGUAAUCAAGGAGAGAUAUCAGACAGAUACUGUCAUUCAAGAAGUCAGUACUAUUCUGAAGACUGGAAUACUCCAACUGUUCCAAGACUGCCAAAAUCAUUGAAGAAGUACAGUGAACCGGUUGAAGUAACAUCUUAUGGUGAACUCCGGGAACUAGAAAAUUACAAGAGUGACACUCUAGUAACCUACAAGGACACUGGCCGAAGUUGGAUAGAUAGAGAUAUUGGAUAUUAUGAAGAAAUACCAGCAUUGUCAGAUCUCUAUAGUGCCUGUCCUGCUAUAUCCACCAGCUAUGAGAGACAACAUUACCAAGAUAGAUUUCUUAAGCCCCUAGAAAGACAGCUGUCCCUGACACCUGAAGACAUCAUUAACUGACCCAAGGCAAUUUCUAUAAUAUCUUACAAUCUCAAUCAUCAAAAUUACUUAGAAAUAGAAUAAACUCUGUAUACCUGAAGAGGAAAGAAAAAGAGACCAGAUUUUUCAUUACUUAAAGUUUCAUUAAAACUGUUUCCAUUCAUGUAGUUUUAUUUUUUUUAAAUGCAUAGUUCUUACACAUUUGAAAAGUAUAAAUUAAACAUAUGCAUAUAGAACCAAGAGUGUGAUAUUUCUGAUAAUACUCAUUUUCCCUAUUAAACUACUGCUGCUGCUGCUAUAUCACAAAUGAUUACAAUACAAAAUAAAACUUCUAAAUGCUUUCUAUUUGCAUCCCUAGUCAUAUUAUUAUUAAUCAUAAAGUUUAAACAGUCUUUAUUUUCUCCCCAUUCAUGUUUGUCCAUUCACUCUAAACUUACCAACUGGUUAUUUUUUUCAGUCAAGGUUUCAUAUUUGAUGUUUUGUUUCCCUCAAAGAUAUAGAAAUGCAAACAUUAUCACUAAAUUAUUAUUUAUAAAAAACACUACUCUUUGGUCCUUUAAAUAUAUUAGAAUUUGUUUUUAUAAGACUGCAAUUGAAAAUAAAAUCACGUAUAAAAUAACAUUACACAUAGUUAAGGGAGAUGAUAGUUUAUUGUAAAUGUUGAGUAAAUA